AUGGAAGACCAAGAAAAGCGACAAAGCAACCCAUUACAGCCAUCGAUGUCACCACAAUCAUCCUAUGAAGAGGAGAAGUACCCUGAAGGCGGCGUGCGAGCAUGGCUUUGCGUUUUCGGAAGUUUCAUGGGCCUGGUUGGUAGCCUGGGACUGAUCAACUCAAUUGGCACCUUUCAGGCGUACUUGGAAAGUCACCAACUGAAGGAGUACAGCUCGGGCAAAACAGGCUGGAUCUUCGGCCUCUUCACAUUUCUCACUUUCUUCGGCGGGAUUCAAGUCGGACCCAUAUUCGAUGCGCGGGGUCCUCGCGUUUUGGUCUGCAUUGGAUCAAUACUUGUCAUGGGUAUGAUGAUCAGCAUUGGAUUCUGCAAGACCUUCUACCAGUUUCUUCUCUCUAUCGGUGUUGCUGGGGGUCUUGGAACCUCGCUGAUCUUCACACCUGCUCUGUCUGCGCUCGGGCAUUUCUUCUUCGAAAAGCGCGGACUGGCGACUGGUAUUGCGGCAGGAGGUGGAUCUAUCGGAGGGGUGAUAUUUCCUCUCGUGCUACAAAGCUUGUUUGACAAAGUGGGCUUUGCUUGGGCAACUCGCGUGAUUGCCCUGAUCUGCUUAAUAUCUCUUGCUAUUGGCUGUCUUCUGAUCACUUCCCGGCUGCCUACAAAGCCCUUGUCAAGGGAGACCAUUUCCCCCGAUCUCCGCAUAUUUCGGGACCCUAAAUUUGCGCUGACGACUGCAUCGGUGUUUUUCAUCGAAUGGGGGCUUUUCAUUCCGAUCUCAUAUAUCUCUUCAUAUGCCUUGGCGCAAGGUCUUCCAGCUCGGAUCUCUUACCAGCUACUUGCGAUCCUGAACGCAGGGUCAUUCUUCGGGCGGCUACUGCCUGGGUACUUCGCCGAUCGCUUUGGUCGUUUCAACACGCUUAUCAUCACAGUUGCGCUUUGUCUCAUCUGUAAUUGUUGUUUUUGGUUACCUGCAAAGGAUAAUCUACCACUACUGAUAGUCUACUGCUGCCUAUUUGGCUUUUCAAGCGGAAGUAACAUCAGUCUUACGCCAGUUUGCAUUGGACAGCUAUGCAAAACAGAGAACUAUGGUCGCUAUUACGCAACGGCUUAUACCAUCGUGAGCAUAAGUACGCUUACUGGUGUUCCGAUUGCCGGUGAAAUAUUGUCUCGCUGCAAUGGCGACUACUGGGGGCUCAUCACCUUCACCAUUUGUUGCUAUGCUGCCGGUCUGAUGUGUGCUGUUGGUGUGAAAAUCCUCCACUGCGGCUAUGGCCGUCCGUGGGAAAAAUUUUGA